AUGCCUUUUGAUAAUGAUUUGAGUAUUGUAGAAAGUCGUGAAAUCAGUCAAUUGAUAACGGGAAUUAUUAAAUUCAUGCAAUCUCUCUCUGCAAGUUUUCCAUCAAUUCCAGAAAGCGCUCGAUUGUCAAAUGCUGAAGUCACUGAAAUCACACAAACUUUUGGCAUGAAAAAAUCUAAACCUCGAUCUGGCAAAACUUCCAGUAGCCCAACAAAAACUUCUUCAAAUUUAUGUUGCCCACCAUGUCCAAUGCCUUCUCAGUCAAAGCUUGCUAAAAAACCGUCAAAAUCGUCAACUCUAAAAAGCCGUAAAAGUGUGAAAUCAAAACGAAAGUCGAGUAAGAAGGGAAAAAAUUCGAAAAGCAAAGCAGCAUCACGACCAAUGAAGAAGCGCAAGGGUUCAAAGUCUAACGUAAAACGUACCAAGAAAGCCCACAAAUCCUCUGGAAAGAAAGCAAGCAAAAUAAAAUGCGAAUGUUAGUGAAUCUAUGCUUGACUUCAAGCCUUUAAGCAAAUAUUUAUUCUGAUCUGUGCUUCUAAAUUUCUAAAAAAUAAACAAAAUUCUUG